AUGCCGGCAUCUCGGAGUCUGGACUCCCUUCCAUUCGAUGUCUUCUACCAGAUCGCCACGUCGCUGGACGACCGCGAUUGUAUUAACCUGAGCCGCACUAAUCGUAUCAUCCAUGAUUUGAUGGAAAGUGACCUCAUUGCACGCAAAACAGUCGAGAAUACUCUACUGUACAGCAAGGAGGGCCAGUCGGCUUCGGCCUCCCAGAGCGGCUACCGCAAGGCUGUCGGGCAUCGCUUUGACAUCCACGAAGCGAUCGCCACCGCCGCCCCAUAUGCUGUUUCUGUCUUAGCCUACGGAGCCGACUUUCUUUAUCACCAGGGCUUCCUCUGUUACCGCGUUGGUCAUGAAAUUCGAUUGCUGGAUGUGCAUGGUGCAGGUCGCCGAGAGCGCGUCUUGAACCUGCACGAUGUCAUCCGUCGCGUGGGGUCUGGCCCGGCCGGUCUGGAUGUCGCCGAGCGAGUCACUUUGCUCCACUACAGCGAUGGCAUCGUCUCCUUCCGUGUUGAGCACGUAGGUGCCCAAGAUGAUACUCUCCUCGCGAUCGACAUGGAUCGCCGCCCGGGCCAGACCCGCCGGAGGCGUCUCUUACUUCAGAAACCCGUUCCAGCAGAUUCCCCCAUCUUUGUCCGCCAUAGCCGCUCCUAUAUCUGGUACGGCACCUUCACCGCUGCACACGGCUCGGAUGGCGUCUGGUCGGUAUGUGGCGUGGAUUUUGCCACGUGUGAAGAAAUUACAUUCCCUCUGGACCGAGUCGUCGAUGGAGAUCUGGGUCAAACGCUCUGUUUCGAGAUGUACCAGGAACAUCUCUAUGCGGUAUCGACGCAGGUCGCUUCAGACGACGACGAGCGCUUCUCUUCCUUUUACCAUUGGUUUUGUCACGCGCCUCGUCAACGGGGCCGCAAGUGGAACGGGCAGCUCUGGCGCCGCGAGCAUCGCGAAGGUCCUCUCAACGAAAUGUGGACAGACCUGUCCAUCCGUGUUGAUGAAACGACGGGCCGGCCCGUGAUCCUAGAAUGUCGUCGUGAGUGGCGCGGUGGCAAGAGCGAAAACCAUCGCACUAACUACAUUGAACCGCUUCCUACGCCCGAAGAGGCUGAGACGUGGGUGGAUGAUGAUCCGAACGAUCUCACGGGGAACCACCGGCCCUACGACCAGCGGCCAGAAAAGCGACUACGCCGUAACUAUCAUGCGGAAUAUGAGCAUACUCACGACUCGACGAAGCGACUCGAGUUCAUUGCGGCUCGUACUAAACAUCGCAGCUACCAUCUGGCAUCGGCAACGUUUGUCGACCUCGUCAAUGACCCUGCACCCCAAGCUGACGGUGUACGAUCCCGAGACCGCCUGCGUCUGCGUACAGUGUCGCGAAAGCGCAAAUCUCCCGUGGACGACGAAGGAACCGACGGUCCUCGGAAGAUGCUAUUUCGUCCUACGCAAGUCGAGGACGGCCGUCCAGUUGAAGGCUCUGAAGAGCGCUUCGUCUCACGUGGUGUGCACAUGUGGCCUGCGGAUGAUGCACCGUCCGAAAUACACCAUCUCCUCUGUCCCGACUCUCAGGCAAGCUCUGUGCGCGCCGUGUCCGAUGAGCGCUCCAUUAUUUACUCCGUCUCCUCCACCGGCCUGCCGCCAGACCACCAGGCCCUCAUUCUGAUCAGCUUCGACCCCACCGUUCGCUUUCCAAACCUCACAUCCCUCCGCACCAUGAAGGCUCCUGUCUCUUCGCAGAACAUAUUCCCAAUCGAGGUACCUCGACCGCAAUCUCCCAACCCCUCCCUCGUGCAAGAGACAACACCUUUAUACCAAGCGAUCCGUCGUGGCUACUGGCUGCGAUGA